CGCGAUUUCGACAAACAACCACCACGACGGCACGCCACGACGUCCAACCAAUGCUAUCAUUGCCUAGGGACUGAACGACAGCUUGGCGACAGAGAUCACAAGGUUGACACUGCACUCUCGCCAUGCAGUCCUCCCACGACGUGACAAUGGGCAACGCGCCUCCUUCCAUCCCGUCCGCAACCACGACUGGCGGCGACACGGAGCCGAAGUACGGCGGGUUCUCGCGCUUCGAGAUUGAGCUCGAGUUUGUCCAAUCCCUCGCAAACCCAUUCUACCUCAACGACCUCGCCUCGCAGAAGCUCCUCUCGGACCCGGCCUUCGUCGCAUACCUCGCGUACCUCCAGUACUGGACGCGCCCGCCCUACCUCAAGUACCUCACCUACCCCGGCCCGACGCUCAAGCACCUCGAGCUGCUACAGCAGGAGAAGUUCCGCCAGGACAUCAUCAGCCCGGAGCUUGCGCAGAUCCUGGCUGCCGAAGGCGUCAAGGCCUCCGUGGAGUGGCACAAGGAUCGGUGAUGUAGAGGCGGUCGGCCUCCAGAUGAGAAAUGGGAAGAGGGAUCAAUACACCAUCCUGGCGGAAAACUUGAGCAAUGUGCAGCUCUUGUGCUCGAAGAAGGGUAUUGUGCUUGGCGUGGGAAUGCCAUGCUCGCCCACGUUUGGCACAAUGCCACACAAUGU